GCCCCCCCACUUGGCCGCUAGCUCCUCCCCUCUCCUGCUCCUCUCCCCACUCACCCCAUCCCUGCCCCGACUCUGCAGACAUGAGGGUCUUGGCCUGCCUCCUCGGUGAGUGACCCUUCUCCUCGGGGACUUGGGCCUGGGCCCCACCCUCUGACCCCUGAGCUCACCCACUGGAGAGCCUCAGACUUCCGGGGCCUCAUCCCUGUUGCUUGGGGGAUACAGGACAUCUGGCCCUCCCUUGCCUGAUCCCCCAGGGACCCAGCCUCUGGCACCCCCGUCCUACCCUCUUAGGAGCCCCAGAGACCUAUCUCCUACACCCCCACCCCCGCCCCACCAGCCCUGAUCCUGUGGGGGGUCACCCAUCAUUUGACCUUUAGUCAGGCCCCUGGGGGAGUGCAAAGGGCCUGGGCGCCUGCCCUGAGGCAUCUGGGGCCCCGCCCACCUCAAGGACCUGAACCUCGCCAGGCCCUCGACCCAGAGUCCUGCUUCCCAGCGGCGGGGUUUCUGGUUCAGAGGCAUGAGGCCUCACUCUGUCCACCCCUCCAACCUCCCUUCCAGUGGCUCUGAUGGGGAUCCAGGCUGUUGAGUGGCUGCGUCUGGCCGAUGGCCCCCACGGGUGCGCGGGCCGCCUGGAGGUGUGGCACGGCGGGCGCUGGGGCACCGUGUGCGACGAUGGCUGGGACCUGAGGGAUGCUGCUGUGGCCUGCCGCGAGCUGGGCUGUGGGGGCGCGCUGGCUGCCCCUGGAGGCGCCUUCUUCGGGGAGGGCGCGGGGCCCGUGUGGCUGAGCGAGCUGGCCUGCCGGGGCGGUGAGCAGCAGCUGGGCCUCUGCCCCCACCGUGGCUGGAAGGCCCACAUCUGCUCCCACGAGGAGGACGCAGGCGUCGUCUGUGCAGGUCAGCGUGUGUCGGACUCCAGGGAUUGGGACGACUCACCUUCAGUCCUGGAUGGGGACCCCUGGCCGGGGCUGUCUGGGGAGCUGAGCCCCGGCUCUGAGGAGGCCCCGGUGAUGCCUGCCCCCCGCCCAGCCGGGACCCCCCAGAGCGGCUCCCGGAAGAAGAGCCCCCGGCCGCCCAAGCCCGCCAAGUCCACUAGGGCCCCUUUGCUGACUGCCGGAGCCCCCCGCCAGGAGCGGCUGCGCCUGGUCUCCGGCCCCCACGGGUGCGCCGGCCGCCUGGAGGUGUGGCACGGCGGGCGCUGGGGCACGGUGUGCGAUGACGGCUGGGACCUGCGGGACGCCGCCGUGGCCUGCCGCGAGCUGGGCUGCGGGGGUGCGCUGGCCGCCCCCGGCGGGGCCCGGUUCGGCCCGGGCGCAGGGCCCGUGUGGAUGGACGACGUGGGGUGCGGAGGCGGGGAGCAGGCCCUGCGGGACUGUCCCCGAAGCCCCUGGGGCCGGAGCAACUGUGACCACAGCGAGGACGCAGGACUGGUCUGCACCGGCCCGGCCCCCAGGCUGCGUCUGGCAGACGGCCCCCACGGGUGCGCGGGCCGCCUGGAGGUGUGGCACAGCGGGCGCUGGGGGUCCGUGUGUGACGAUGCUUGGGACCUACGGGACGCCGCUGUGGCCUGCCACGAGCUGGGCUGCGGGGCCGCGCUGGCUGCCCCUGGAGGCGCCUUCUUCGGGGAGGGGGCUGGACCCAUCCUCCUGGACGAUCUUCGCUGUCGGGGAAACGAGACGGCCUUGCGCUUCUGCCCUGCGCGGCCCUGGGGCCAGCAUGACUGUCAUCACCGAGAGGACGCUGGGGCCGUGUGUGACGGUAUGCCUCUGGGAUAUGUCCCUCCCACGGCCCCCGCGGUGGGCAGCAACAGCUCCAGGCCCAGGGAGACUGCAUCCAGGCCCCCGCCCCCCACGGUGAGCCAGGCUGCGCGGAUAGCAGGCAUUUCACCUCCGCCCGCUUCCCCUGCGGCCCCUCAGGAGCCUGGGCCGGAAGCUGGGUCCCCCCAGCUGCGCCUGGUGGCCGGGCCCAGCAGGUGCUCAGGCCGGCUGGAGGUGUGGCACGGUGGGCGCUGGGGGACCGUGUGUGACGACAGCUGGGACCUGCGGGACUCGGCUGUGGUCUGCCGGGAGCUGGGCUGCGGUGGACCUCGGCAGCCAGACCCUGCUGCUGGCCGCUUCGGCUGGGGCGCCGGCCCCAUCUGGCUGGACGACGUGAGGUGUGUGGGGACCGAGGCUUCCCUCGCUGACUGCCCUGCCGCUCCCUGGGGGAAGCACAACUGUGCUCACAACGAGGACGUUGGAGUUACCUGCACUGGGACCCCCGGGCUGGACUCCAUCUCAGACCCCUUCAGUUGGAGCUGGAUCCCUGGCCUGGGUAGAGAUCCAGAUGCCUGGCUCCCGGGGGAGCUGGCCACCAAGCCCUCUGCGAGGCGGACCCCCAGCGUUCCUGAGAAAACCACCACCAAGGCCCCAGGGAAGAUACCCAAAAGCACAAAGAAGUGGGUGACCAAAAACGCAAAGAGACCGACCACUCAGCCCGCCGUGAUACCAACCACUAAGCACUCCAGGGCCACGGGCACCCACAGUCCCCCAGAACUGACCUCACUGACCACCACCACUCCGACCACUGAUGCCUCCCGAAGACCGACCUCCGAGUUUACCACCAGGCUGACCACGGAGGACCCUCACAGGCUGACCUCACACACCACCGAAAGGCGGACUCCCCGGGUCCCCCGGGAACGGACCUCUAAGACCCUGGCAACACCAACCACCCAGGGCCCCCGAGAACUGACCUCUGAGGCCACCAUGGAGCCAUUGGCCGAGAUCCCAGGAGUAGGUACUCCAGAGUCCUCCAAAGACCCAGCCCCCUCCCCCACUGGGGCAUCAGGCCUGUUCCGGGUUCGUCUGGCUGAUGGGCCCAACCGGUGUGCCGGGCGGCUGGAGGUGUGGCACGCUGGACGCUGGGGGACAGUGUGUGAUGACAGCUGGGACCUGCGGGAUGGCAUGGUGGCCUGCUGGGAGCUGGGCUGCGGAAGGGUUAGGCCCCGCGUGGGCAAAACCCACUACGGCCCUGGCACCGGGCCCAUCUGGCUGGAUGAUGUGGGCUGCAAGGGAAGUGAGGCCUCGCUGAGCGACUGCCCCGCUAGGGCGUGGGGACAGCACAACUGUGACCACGAGGAGGACGUGGGGCUCACCUGCACUGGCUAUGCAGAUGAGGAAGACUAUCCCCCCUGGACCUGGGACCCCACGUCAGGAGAGGACCUGGCCAAGGGGACCACCGCUGCAGCGGUGCCUGCACACGCUCUCCCCUGGGGCACGGCUGGGAGCACAGGGGCCCCCUCCCCAACGACGAGGUGCCUUCCAAGCACAGGUGGCGAGGAUGGUUAUGAGCCUUCCUGGACGUGGGAUACACCUUCAGGAGAGGUCCCAGCCAAGGGGACCCCCACCGCAGGCAUACCUGGACCCUCUGGCACUGCUGGCACCAUCAGGAGCCCAGGCCAUCCCUCUCUAGCUCCAAGGGUCCGUGGGGAUACAGGUUCACUGAGGAAACCGUGGCCCGAGCGACGGCUGCGGCCCACAGCGGCCAGGACUGCGCCCCCCACCACUUCCCCAGCUCCCUCCGCCUCGCCGGGGCCCCCGGGCCCUGUCCUGACCUCUGACUCCGCGCCGCAGCUCAUCCCCACAGCAGCUUCAACGCCGGAGGUGACCUCUGACCCUCCCGCCACUUUGCCGCCCAGCCCAGACCCGGCCUCCUGGAUGAACUCUCACCGCACCUUGACAACCCCUGGCCUUACCUUGUCCACCCCUGAUGCCACCGUGUUUCCAGCGCUGACCCCUGGGCUUUCACCCACUCCACCACCCACCAUGCCCAAAGAACUGACCUCUGACCCCUCUGCACCGGCGGUGGUGACCCGUCUUUCCCCUACCUCAGAGCUGACACCAGAGUCUGACACAACCCCAGUCUGGGACACAUCUCCAUACCCCAGCACAACUCCAGAACCUUCUAGUUUCCCAGACCCUUCCACAAGUCCUCACCCCACUACCAUCCCUCACUCCACCAUGACCUCUCACCCUACCACGACCUCUCACCCCACUACCACCCUUUACCCCACCACGACCCCUCACUCUAAGACCUCUCACCCCACCACGACCUCUCACCCCACCACAACCCCUUAUCCCACCAUGACCUCUCACCCCACUGCCACCCCUUACCCCACCCCCACCCCUCACUCUACCACAGCCUCUCACCCCACCAUGACCCCUCCUCCCAUCACCACUGCUCAACCUAUCACAACCCCUUACUCAACCACAACCCCUCAACCCACCACGACCCCUCAACCCACCACGACCCCUUAUCCCACCACAACCUCUCACCCCACCACAGCCCCUUAUCCCACCAUGACCUCUCACACCACCGCCACCCCUUACCCCACCCCCACCCCUCACUCUACCUCAACCCCUCACCCCACCACAGCCCCUCCUCCCAUCACCAGUGCUCAACCUAUCACAACCCCUUACCCAACCACAACCCCUCACCCCACCACGACCCCGCAACCCACCACAACCCCUCCUCCCAUCACCAGUGCUCAACCCAUCACAACCCCUUACCCUGCCACAACCCCUCACCUCACCACCACUGCUUACCCCACCAUGACUCCUCACCCCACCUCAACCCCUAUGGUCACUGCCAAGUCCCUUCUAACUUCCUUGGGAACAGAACUUCCCUUUCCCUCUUCAGCACCAACAGUCAAGCCCAGCCCACACCCCCGGUUGACCUUCGCAGGGGCCCCUCACCCCUCCACGUCCCAGAUGUGGAGCCUAGAGCCCUGUCCAGCAACAGAGUCCAGCCCCUGCAGGCCCUCUCCAGCCCCCAGCGUAGACACACUGUCCACUGAGAACUUCAAACCACCCACAAGCCAGAGCCCCAAAGUAACCUCUCCACCUACCCAGACUCCACACUCAGCCUCUGACCCCACUGUGACCCCUGACCUCCACCUGUCCCCUAUGGCCCCCCCCUUGGAUCAACCUCCCCCUGACCGCCUCACCCUAGGGCCAACUCCUGGUCAGAGCCCAGGCCCCCUUGGCCCAUGUGAAGCCCCAGUGCCACCUGUAAGGGUCAUGGCUUGUGAUCCGCCUGCCCUGGUAGAGCUGGUGGCUGCUGUGAGGGAUGUGGGUAGCCAGCUACAGAGGCUGACACAGGCUCUGGAGCGGGACCAGCAGGAGCGCCACGCCCUGGGACUGGGGUUGACCCAGCUGGUGGAGGCUGCCCAGGGUCUGGGGCAGCUGGGUGAGGUUGUAAAGAGACUGGCAGAGGUGGCCUGGCCCCCCAGCACACCUGCACCAACCACUACUACCCCAGAGGAGGAAGAGAGGCCUCUGCGGGGAGAUGUGUGACCUCAUCUGGGGUCUGAGGGACUUAAGACACUCCCAAACCCAAAUAGGAAAACCAAAGUAUCUAAUUAAAAACAAAAUGUGAAUGAUGUUUCUGGGGGACUAGAGGAGGUGGAAUCACAAGAUCUGUUUGUGAAUACAACAGGCACCAUGUGAGGUGGUGAGGAUGGUGAGGACGAUGGUGACAGUGGUGAUGAG